UACCUUGCUUUGCAGAGCCAAAUCUCCUACCAAUCUCUAAUUUUCUCUCUCUUACUAAGCUAUGGUUGUUUCUCCCAAGACUGCGACGGUCAAAUUUCUCUGUAGCUACGGCGGCAAGAUUCUCCCACGUCACCCCGACGGCAAGCUCCGUUAUCACGGCGGUCACACUCGCGUCCUCGCUGUUAACCGUUCCGUCUCGUUUUCCGAGCUGACGGCGAGGAUGGCUGAGAUGUGCGGAUCUCCCGUUAUUUUACGGUGUCAGCUUCCGAAUGAGGAUCUCGACGCACUCAUAUCUGUCACCUCCGACGAAGAUCUCGCGAAUUUGGUGGAGGAGUACGACCGCGUUACCGCGGCGGCGCCGGCGAGUUUGUCGCCGUUGAAGAUCAGAGCAUUUCUCUAUCCGCCAAGAUGCGCUACCAGAAAAUUAAACGUUUCUCUUCCUCCGGCUCCGGCCUCUACAUCCGAGCCGUCGUCCUCGUCAUCGUCGUCCUCAUCCUCAUCGUCGUCGACGAGUCCUAGAUCGUCGGCGAAGCCACCGCUCCCGCCGUCGCCGCCUAGAGUUGCGGCGAGGAAUCCAUACUACGGUUGCUAUGUUCACCGUAAACCUAGCCUUAUCUAUCUCGUCCACAACGGCAAUCACUGGCAAUAACCGAUCCCGAUCAGAUCAAAUCACGUGGAGAAGCAACCGGUUUCGAAAUAUAAAAAAAAACUAAAGUAAUUUCGUACAAUCGAAUCAUGUAAAAGAUCCGAAUAUAGAUGCAAACUGUGAUGGUGUACGAUCGUGUUUUCAUUGCGUCGCCAUUAAUGAACUCGUCCAAGCUUUUCUUUGUGUUGAUAUUCUCGGUGGAUUUUUUCCUUCUUUAUUCAUCAGGCAGGGCAAAUCGGAUCAAGUCUCGGUAUGUGUAUGUAUCUGUUCGUAGAUAAGUAUACGUAUAGCUGGAAAUGAAAUCAUCGUAUAUUGGAUAUAAAGCUAUGGAGGAGAUUUUAACCAAAAAAAAAGCUAUGGAGGAGAGAUUGAGGGAGAAGACAAAACAAGAUAUACAAUUUAUAAAUUAUGAUUAGGCCGAGACUUUGAGGAUUGAGAGAUGAAGACGGGAGAAGGUAUAGGAAGAAGAUUCCCAUGGACCCAUGGGGUCCCCAGUUGCAGCCGGCGAAGAUAAGCACGAUAUUGACAAAUUAUUGUGGAAACAAAACCACAAAAAAAAAAAAGAACAACAACAAAUGAUAUCAUAAUUGUUUUCUGGUCGAAUUUUUCUUAUUAAAAAUUGUGAAAUUUUAGAGAGA